UUUUCACGGACAAACAACAACAAACGAGAACGCCGCCGAGUGAGGCCACGCAAGCAGAGAAGGAGCGAGCAAGGCGGCACUCAUUUAUUCCCCCAGGCGGAUACACGCGGAUCGACGGACAGACGAAGGCUUGCUACCAGACGACCGCGCGGCAAAGAGUGAUCCCCAGCAGUAGCAGCAGGUAACCAGCCGUCCAUCCUAGCGGGGGCAAUGCGCGUAGAGUGCGACCUUCCCCCUCUCUCUCCUUCCCCCUGCGACGGGAGGCAAGCCACAGUGGGGGUUAAGCGCUGAAGGUGGCUCGACCCGUAGCUUUUCCCUUUUGCUUUCCUCUCUGUGGUUUUCUCUCCAUUGCGGAAAGAGAGUGAUGGUCUCAUCAACGGGAGCACGGGGACCAUCACUCCCAAUUCCGCACUCGAGUUCGCACUCGCUCACUCACUCACUGACAUCUUGUUGUUUGUAUGUUCAUGUGCAACAGGAAUCUCUUCUCGGGCUAUAGGUCGAUGCUGCAAUGAGCGCCGACCAGUCUCAGCAGAACUACCAACAGUAUGGCGAGGAGGACAUCCUGGUGACGUCGCCCACUUCGUAUGCGCUGCGCGAGUCUAUCCGCCGCUCGUCGUCCUCGGCAUCAGCGGAAAUGAAUCCACCACCAUUGCGUACGACGCAGAGCGCUGACCAGGCGCGGCUUCCUCGUACGUCGUCACGCGGCAGUAUGUACAACCGGGCGCCUCCCCCACCGCCUCCACAAUAUCCACCCCAGAUCCCCGCGGCCCCUCAAAGCGGUGGAAGUACGUAUGGAAUGCCUCGUCCUUUGUCUAACCCGAAUCUGGACGUCUUACACGAGCAGAACCUUGAUGGAAGCGGCCACUUAGGCCACUCGCUCGGCCCCAGCGCGGCACCUUACGCUGGUAACCAGCAGUUUGCUACCACGGCAUCCCCCUACGGAGCUUCCGGCGGCAGCAGCUUCAACCCUGCUGCAUCCGGAUAUGGAGGCACCGACUUUAGUCAAACUGCACCAGUAAACAACGCAGCCAGCCGUCGUUCUGUGUCGCGACGCAGCAUCUUCAGCCGUGAGACGUUCAUGCUGAACCGCGGUGAGAAGGAGUCGCGCAUGACGGUCCCAGAAGGAACCCCCACGGAGAUCAAGUGCGAAGGAUAUCUGACCAAGAGAGGACACGUGUUUACGAACUGGAAGACGCGCUACUUCACGCUGCGUGGCAAUGUGCUGGAGUACUAUUCAAGCGAGGAAAAGAGCAAGAAGUACGGCGCUGUAACAGUCGAGAAGGUGGCCCCGUGGUCAGGUGAAGCGCAUGGAUUCAUGUUCUACACCACAAAGCAGAUCCCCUACUACGUGUACGCGUCGUCGGAGGCCGAGCGCUCCAGGUGGCUACGUGCGCUAAAGGAUUUCAUGGUAGAAACCGAGGAUGUGAGCUGUGAAGGUUACCUCACGAAGCGUGGCCACCUGGUUCCAAGCCAGCGCAUGGCGUACUACGUGUUGAAUGGUACAUCGCUACGCCACUACGCGGAUCAGCAAGCAUAUCGUGACAAUCAAUCAGCGAUGGCAGAAGUGGAGAUACGAUCUGUUGCGCCAUGGGAUGGCGAAGCGAAUGGUCUGAUGUUCAUGACUGUGACGGGAAAUGUGUUUUACGUGAUCGCGGAUACUGCUGGCGAGCAGCAGAAGUGGCUUGCGACGGUGAAGAAGUCUACAGCCAGCGUCCCGGAGCCGGUGUCGUGUGCAGGAUACCUGACGAAGCAGGGUCACAAGCGCAAGAGUUGGAAGAAGCGUUACUUCAUUCUGCGCGGCAAUACUAUCUCGUACUACUCGGACUAUGACAUGGCGAACAACGCGAAGGGUAAACCUCUGGCUGAAGUGCUGGUCGAGGACGUACAGAAAUGGGAUGGCGAGCCGUUCGGCUUCAUGUUCAUGACCAACGAACAGGUGCCGUACUAUGUGUAUGCCGAUAAUGAUCGUGAGCGUACCAAAUGGAUGAAUGCUUUGCACAAACUCAACGCUGUGGAGGAGGAGCCCGAGGUCGAGAAGAAGCGUUGCCCCAACUGUAAUGCGGUUCUUACGGGCUCUCGUUUCUGUGGAGCGUGUGGCUUUAACUUGCGCGGCACCACUGUUGGCGAACGUGCUUCUCGUGCGCAGACGAUCAAUGAUGAGGCUGAUGACGACAUUGAUGGACGUGAAGACAUCGAUGAUGAAACGACGCCAUUUGAUGAGCUUGAAGCGCUAUCUGAGGGUGCUAGGACGUUGUUGCUUGCUGUGAUGCAAACUCCAGACGGUGUUGACAUCGGUGACAAGGAAGGCACGUAUCCGAACCGCAUUACGAGAGGCUCUUCGCAGCAGCCGCUGGACCAGCCGGACAACAACAAUACUUCUGCUAGAUUUGACCAGGACAUCACCGAUGCUCUCAGCGAGAUAGAGGCUACCGAGAAGCAUACCCCACCAAAGUAUGCGGACUCAGACGAGGACGACGUCAAGGCGGCCAAGCCGAUGCCUCGUUCACCCGUACGACCUCCAAGUGAAGGAUCCAGCAGUGACGCGGAAUCUCCGUCUCCGCACACGUCCCGGGAGACCCCAUCGCCAGUGAGGGCACCUCCGACACCCCCGAAGGCCAAGAAGGAAGCACUCAAGCCGAACUUUGGCAUUGUAGAGCCCGAGCCUAAGAAGCACAGUUUUACCUCGUUCAGUGACUCCGAAGAAGAGGAAUCAAAGGCGGAGCCGAAACCUGCACCUGUACCGGUUCGAACAUCUUCUCGAUCGUCUGCAGGUCUGCUCAUGGCUGGAAUGGGACGCCGUAAAACGACUGCAAUGCUUGCAAUGGAGUCAAGUAGCGAAGACGAAAGUGGAGAUGAUACGGAGCUACCCACGAAGCCGCCUUCUGAUGCAUACAAAAAGGGCGAGGAGAAGCCGAAGAGCUCUGACGACUCGGAUCAGGAAGAGGACAAACCUACUGGAGACGAGGCUGAAGAUCGCGAGCGUAAGAGCUCUGCAGAUUCGUUGGAGCUGGACACUCGCGGUAUUUCUGCCUUCGACGAGCCGGUUGAGCUGCCGAAGCUGAAGCAUAACGCCAACCCCUCGAUCCGAAUGAGCGAGCGCACAGACAAGAAAGACAUUUACAACUUCAUGGAGAAAGAGCUGGAUUUCACACCUCAGUUUGUGCCAUCAGCCGAUUCUCCUGUGCGCUGCCGAUUCUACAGCUCCAUGGCAUACACAACAGCGAAGAAGGUUAUCCUGUUCCUAUCUGAUUCCGGACCUCUUGGUCUCUGGAAGCAGGAUCCGGAGAAUGCGAAGCUGACGAUUGACCACAAGUGGUCCAUGACGCCGUAUUUCAGCCGUGCGCAAGAAGAAGGCUAUGGAAUUGUGGUAUGCAACCCGUUCUCCAACAACGCUGUCGUGUACGAGGCCGGGGGCUUCGAGCGUGAAGUUCCCGUUCCGAACUCCUCUUCUCCCAAGGAGCACGUUCUUUUCGUGUGGGAUCAGUUCAUCACGAAGUGCAAGGGCCAAGUGUCUAUCAUCGCUUACGCGCGCGGUGGUGCACUUGUAAAGUCCAUUUUGGAAACAUAUGAGCAGAGUGCCCGUGACAAGAUCCACCGCAUUGCGCUGAUUGAGUCCAAGCACGAAAUUGAUCAUAACGAAUCUCCUGGUAUUUUGGAGCUUCUUGGCCGCCGAUCCAUUAACUGGGAAGCAUCAUACGAGCCACUUGGUGCCCAGAUCGUGGACUCACAGGCGCGCGUGAACUGUGUGUGUCUGUCGUUGGGCUUCAUGCCAUCGCAGGAAGCUGACAACACGCCGAAGACGUUGGAGAAGGCUGAGGACCCUGCCUUCGCAUUCAUCGGUGCCAAUCCGAACCAGCCUGGCAUGACUGCAGUUGUUAAGCACGUCCGGGCGGAGCUGAGAAGGAGAAAGACCGCUUCCAAGGCUGUCAGCCGUCCGCGGCGACAGUCCAACAUAAUUGUGAUUGGCGAGACGGAUGGGGACGAGUCGAGCGACGUGUCUGGAGGUGCUGACGAAGGCAAGAACGGAAACAAAACCAAUGGCAACAGUAAUGACAAUGAAGACGACGGCAAAAUCAAGGCUACUUACUAUUUACCCAAGCCAGUGCCCAAGCCAAAGCGCGCCUCUGGUGGUUCUGGUAGCAGUGGUUCAAGUGAUAAGCAGCAGCGCCAAAUCUCUGACAAGGACUUCGAGCUGAUGAAAGUUGUGGGACAAGGUGGUUUCGGCAAGGUCUUCUUGUGCCGCAAGGUCACCCCGCCACGCCAGGGCGAGUGCUACGCAAUGAAAGUGCUGAAGAAGCAACAGGUUGUUUCGUCUGGCCUGGUCAACACGACCAUGGCGGAGCGCAAGAUCCUGACGGAAAUUUCGCACCCGUUCGUUGUCAAGCUGCACUAUGCUUUCCAGAGUGAGUCCAAGUUGUACCUUGUGAUGGACUACCUCAGCGGUGGAUCUCUGGCGACGCACCUGCGUCGCCGUCGUAAAUUCCCGGAGGAGUGGGCUCGCUUCUACGCCGCUGAGGUUGCUGCGGCCAUCGCACAUCUUCACAGCGCCAACAUCAUUUACCGUGACGCUAAGCUUGAGAAUGUGUUGAUGGACCACGAUGGUCACGUGAGUAUCACUGACUUCGGUCUGUCGAAGGUUGGUGUUUCGGGCCUAAAGGGUGCCACAACUUUCUGUGGCACAGCUGCGUACAUUGCACCUGAGCUGCUAAGGGGCAAGGCGUACGGCAAGGCUGCUGACUGGUGGUCGUUCGGCAUUUUACUAUACGAAAUGAUUGGAGGAAAGCCGCCUUACUACCACCGCAACCGUGACAUUAUGUUCCAGACCAUUCUGAAGCAGGACUGGGUCACGUUCUCGCCCAGCUUCUCGGACGCUGCCAUUUCACUAAUCAACGGGCUUCUUACGCGUGACCCGAUGAUGCGUCUUGGUAGUGGCCCACGCGGAGCUGACGAGGUGUUGACGCACCCGUUCUUCGAUAGCAUUGACUGGCCGGAGCUGCUGGAGCGCAAGGUGCAGCCUCCAUUCAACCCGGGUGUGGGCAAGAUGGACACGCACUAUGCGCCACGUAACAUGAACGAGAUUACGGCUCGCGACCGCGAACCGAGUGUGAUGAUGCCGAAGACAGACCGCCCGAACGACUUCGACGGCUUCAGUUUCGUGGGGCGGCCUUCGUCACUCUCAAAUGUGUGAUACGUCACGACCAAAUACACUUGCUGGCCUACUGACGCGCAAAGGAGGGGACAGCAAAGAUGAAUAAAAAAGGGAAAAGAAGACAAAUUGGGUCGAGGGAGCUGCGACGGCCUUUUAGAACGCGGGCCGAGCGCAAGACCGAAGUAAACAGUCGGAAGGCGCAAGUAUGUCUUGUGCCUCAAGGCACCAGCGUACCUGGAAACAAGUGAACAUGUUGAAAAAUUGGACUUACAUGGGGGUUAUUGUGGUUGCUUGCGUAUGCUUGUGGUCAGGUACACGUCGUCGUGAAGCAGUUGAUGGAGCAGUUGUAGAACAGGUGCGACUUGAUUAUUCCUGUGCCGUCGCAGUCUUGCUGAGCCUCAAAGGGACCUGAACACACCAGCGACUGCGGGUCGGACUCAUAGCCAGAGGCACAAGCCAACGACGUUCCAAGAGCUUGUUGCAGCGCAAUAUUCGAGUUGCCGCAUCCGUCUAACUGAACACACGGACCGCCGCAAGUUUCUUGGUACGCUUGUUCAACGUAUUUGCAGUUUCUGGUAAGAAUUUGCCACUUGGCUCUAGUCGGUAGAUUGAAAAUCUGGUUGGGAGUGACAACGUGGAAGCCCAAGUAAACGUCUACGAUGGAGUUGAAAUAUGCAGACGACGUAGCAGUGAGAUCGAUAGACUCCCCAGACCUCACCACAACUUCGCGAGAGGCAGCGUCAGUCCACGCUACGCCAGAUCCAGUUACUCGAAAUUUAGCGUAAUUGUUGUGCACUGAGCAGCAGCCAGAGCAACUGGUGUAUGUGAACGCUGAGCGUUCUCCGUAUAGGGACCCGACUCGGCCACUACCAGAGAAACACUCGGGAGCUCCUAUGAGUUUCGCCACAACGUUAACGUCAAAGCCAAGCAGCGCCACAGUCACCUGGUACUGCGAAGAAAGCAUUGGUGCUGGUGUGAUAGGUAUAGCCUUCUCUCCAAGGUUAGUGAUGGGGCGAAUCAAUGGGAGUCCGUCCUUGUAGUUGGCUCCUUUAGCGUUGAUAACAUGGUACGCCGUUGCACUGAAAAGCGCAGUAUCCCCAGCAACAUUAUUGCUGAAUGGAGAGUCAAAGACGAGAUUACCGUGAAUUGUAGUUUGCUUCGCUCCGACUACCAUGAUCGCCGCUGAAUGUGCAACUUGUUGACCGAAGUGAUGAACUUGGUUGAAGGAGAUGUUAACAGCACUCGGUACAAGGAGGUGGCUAAGUACAGGCUCGUGAAACGAGUUGAGUUGGAAGCCACGUCUACUAAGCACGGAAAUGCCAUUGCUACCGACAAACGAGACGUUGUUGUUUGUGAUCUGGAUUCUGCUGUUCUCACCGGAUACCAUGAUCGCAUUACCGCCUAUCUUCUCAAAACUGCAGUAUUCGACCGUCGUGUUUGUUACUGACUCCAGAAAGAUCGAUGCCACCCGCGUCAUGGGCCAUGCCGAACCAGGAAUUCGCUCGUCUUCAACAUAAAAUAUCACGGUAAGCGUUAGGUUGUUAAAAAAAAACAUUGUGACAGAAAACUUACAGAUAUUGAGAUGAUGAAGCUGCGUUCCAGAGAAUGUGAGAUAGCGGAAGCGAAGGUUUGAAGCUUUAGUGUUUGAGGUGGUUUCCUCCAGCGUCGUGUGGGCGUGAGUCGGCGUGACAUAUUGAUUCUCACGGGAACCACUCACACGUAGCAAUUGAUGAAGCCACGGGAUCUCCAGAACACUCUUGGCCAACGAGGUCGCAGUAGUCGACGUCGUUAGUGGGAUCAGAUACAACAGACGCGUGGGGACGUCGAAGAACCAUUCACCUGGAGAAUCCAAUUCUUGAAACACAUUUUCCAUUCGAAUCGCCGGGUCAAGACUAGCUGACGACGACCAUGAAGCACCAGGACCAUCUGUAAAGAUAUCGUACGAAAGUUCCGAUCCACCAGCACCAAGUUGCAUAGCACCCGUUACAGAGUCAAUUGCAGAGAGCGAAUAGUACAGAUUUGCAGGUUGAGCACUCUGAGGCCGCAGAUCUGCCACGAUAUCUUUCACAUUUGUCCACGUCGGUACACGAUUCGAAAAUGUAGUUGCGUUGUAUACAACUUGCGAGGCCACCACGUUUACAGGUGCAUACGAGCAAUUGAAGGUCUGUGCAGGUAACGAUGAGUCCACCAAGCAAUUCGGGAACCCUGCUCGAGGCAAACGUGCAUCAUCGACAUACAGUGUAGUAAACGUAGCAACAUCCUCGGGCUUGGCUGGCACGACUCCUGCGAGGCCUGGCAGGAUGGAGGAUAAAUCUGUUCUAAAGACCUUAAGAACUUGCGAUCCUCCGUUUGCAAAAGUCACCGUGACCGAGUGAUCCAAAGUCCACGCCAACGUUCCAGCAGCUAUCACUUUUGAUCCUGAAAUCACCACCUUCUCACAGCCACGACACGAUAGCGAACAAAUCUCAAUGCAGUCCUCUUCCUUACGUAAAUCCUUACCAAACAAGUGCGAGAACUUGUUGUAAAAGAUCUUACUGUAUCGCUUUCGAGCGAUAUGGUUAUGACACGCAGCCA